AGUAGGCGGCUGCAAUACACAAAUAGGUGUUGUCGGCCAUAAAACUUUAAAGAAGAACGGAAGUGAACAGAAGCAAGCGUUUUUAUUGAUGUUAUUUAAACGUUUAUUAACACUCUGGAACUAAAACUGUGACGCUUUUAACUGCACAGCAUCACAUAAUUACCCCAGGCAGUUUUUAAUUCACGUUGAUCACGGGGCUUUAUAUAGAUGCUAGCUGGCUGCUGGUUAGCUAAAAAUGGCUAACGUUAACUGUAUGGUUUUUCACACUCAAAUAGCCUCCAUCAUGGAGGUGCUAGCGAAUGCUGCCGUGGCAGAGAUCUGUAAAGUCGUAGACGACGACUAUGCAGUGUUUCGUUUGGAAAUAACUCAAAGCCAGAAAGAAAACAGGGGAUUGCGGAGGAAACUACAGCUACUGGAACUGAAGGUGGCACGGGAGCGCGCAGAGAGAAUAAUGCGAGAGCGCGCCCUCGCCAGUCGUCCCAGUAGUGUCAAGAUCCUCGACCGAUGCAAAGGAAUGACAAGAGGUGAAGGACAUCCCACUGGAGGCCACAGGAGCUUUGUGAAGUCAGCGGGACACAAUACAUGGAGAGAUGACCAACCAAUCACUGUUGAUGAGGGGAGUGGAACCUCAACCCAGCAAGUUAUCAUGAUAGAGUCUGUAGAUACAGAGGCUGCAGCUCCUGGGGUCAAAAUGGAGAGGUCUAAAGGAGAGGAGAACCCACGGCACAGUGAUGACAUUGAGACUGGACUGGCUGGAGUGCCCCCUGUAGCCACGAAGGACCCCACAACCGCCUCAGCGCAGCCCAGAACCCGACACAGCAUCACGGAGGAUGAGGGUUCAGAGGUGCUGCUGGUGAAGGAGGAGGGGUGUGAGGAGAGUCUGGGGAACCCUGAGGGGACCAUGGUCAUGGAGGACAACCAGACUACACCUCCUCCUGAACCCACAGAGGAACCAGCUGUGCAGCACAGGACCACACACAGUCUCACUGAGUCAGUAGACAUGGAGGAUGGGAAUCUUGAUCUGCUGCUGGUCAAAGAGGAGACAAUUGAGGACGAACCAGAGAGCAUUGACCUGCUGAGUGGACUAAAGAUGGGGGAGCAAGGUGGUUGGAUGGAGGCUAACAGAGGAGACUGGGUGGCCAGCUUGGAUUCCCAGACCCCAACAGGUGCAACCAAGGGCCCAAGGGACAUCACCACUGAGCAGGUCAGGACCAGAGGCGACAUAGUGGAAGCCAGUGGAUGGGACAGCGUCCUCAACUCUGGGCUGGGGUACAACACUGUUAACCACAACCAGAAACAGACAGUCGAACACAAAACAACAACCAAACUUAGUCUCCAUGACAGCAGACUGGCUGAAACCAGGGCGAGGUGUAGAUUUGGUCCGCGGGGACGGGGAGGUGUCUGUCUGAGAACAGACUCGGCUAGUGAUGCUCCGUCCUGCUCCUAUAGUUGUGAUUCAGAGAGACUGAUGGAGCCUCAGGUUAACCCCCUAACAGGUGCUGCCUUCAGCCUGCCUUCUAUAGGAUCUAUCAACUGGAACAUGGACCCUGCAACAACACAGACACUCCCUGGCCUUCGUCCUCCUCACACUCUCCUGUUAAACCAGACCUCAGACAAUGCCAGUGCCUCAACACUAAAUGGCUACACAAGCCCAUUGACAAAUGACAGUAGUAGUAACGCUAUAAUCAGAUCCGGUGGCAAAGAGAAGCGUUUCCAGUGUUCGUUCUGUGGGAAAGCCUUCAGUUUCCCCAAACAAGUGGAGAUCCACCAGAGGAUGCACACAGGGGAGAAGCCAUUCGGCUGCCACCUGUGCCAAGCCAGUUUCUCAGACUCGUCCAACCUGAAGAGGCACCAGAGGGUCCACACAGGGGAGAAACCAUUCGGCUGCCACCUGUGCCGGGCUAGUUUCUCCCACUCCUCCAGCCUGAAGAGGCACCAGAGAGUCCACACAGGGUAGAAAUCCUACAGCUACACCAGUGUGAGAAGAGGUUCUCCCACCAGCUGAACAUGCACCUGGAGGUCCACAAGGGGAAGAGGUUCUCAGAGAGGAGGUACCUCAGAAUAUGCAUAGUGAUAUGUAGUACAUUUUAUAUUUACAUUUUAGUAAUUUAGCACACUAGUUAGUUUGAAGGUAAAGUGUUACCAUAGUUAGCAAACUUAUUCUACAGUCGUGGCCAAAAGUUUUGAGAAUGACACAAAUAUUAAUUUUCAAAGUC